AUGGAAUUUCUAUUGAUAGCAGUUCCUAUGGAUUGCAAAGUUGCAACACGGAAUUAUGUUCUUAUAGCGAGACCCUCUAAAUGGGCACGGAAAGGUGAUGUUGUUGUUCAAUCUCCGGUGCUGAACAUCACAAAUGAGUCAGCUAUCCCUGUGAGACGAUUCAAUGGCGAUGAAGAAAAUUCAGUUUGUUUUAUGCCUGUACAAGACAUUGAAAAGGAUGGUAGCGUUGCCUACAAAAAUGCAAUGGUUUUGAGCAAGUUCACACCUAUUGAUACUCACGGCGUGGCGUUAUUUCGAAGCGUUUCUGACUUCGAUUAUCAACCUGGUGAUCGCUUUUGGCUCUUUAUUGGUCCUGAGAGAAAUGGCUAUGAGAAGGACGUUCCGGUCAUUAACCUACGAACCAUGGUAGUGGGAUCGUCUGCCAAUCUUCUCGCCGUUGUUGCCUCCACCUCAAUCAUCAACUUGGGCAAGAUCCUCAAAUUCACUAUCCAGAGACUUGUACACGCCGCCUAUAUCUCCAUGUAUGGACAAUUCAAAACCAAUGGAUGA